AUGCCACCAUCCGCACGUCUGCUAACGUCAUAUGCAGCUCCAAUUGAUAGUGCCAGUUACGCCCGCAGUGUUCGUGAAGACACUGCCGAGCUCGCUUCCUAUGUGCUCGCAGAUAAGAAGGAUAAGAGAAACGCCUCGUUCCUGAGGCGGAGGACGUCUGGCUCCUCGUAUGGCGAUCGUGAGAACUUCUCCCCCUAUCGAGGAGAACAGCAUACGGCUAGUGGCGAAGGAAUUACCGAGGUGUCGGAGCCCUCAUCGCCCGACAGUGCUAUCGAAGACAUACCCGACGAUGGUCCCUCAAUUCUAUCGAGCAUGCUGAAACAUUCUCCCCCCAAGAUCGACUACGCCUCAGAAGCCGACGAUUCUUCGACGAACGGAAAUGCAGACAAUGGCAAAAGAAAAACCAACCGGCGCCCGGAGAGCGCCAACGGUUCAAUGGCAGAAAUAAACGUUGACGGGGCUUCUGAGCAUACGCCUCUGUUGGGACGAACCAUGUCGAGCUAUUCGAGACCGCCGGAAAGCCCAAGCAUGAGCGAUGCGGACGAUCUUAGUGAUGUCGAGAGCCAGAAACCAAGGAUGGACCAAUCCUACCGUCGCUAUGGAAGCAUCAGAGAAAGGGCCAGAGACAAGGUUCGAGUUGUUUCCCAUUUCGUGAAUCCCAAAUCCUGGGACAGACACGCAAUAUGGCAGAAUGCCGUAAUGGCCCCAAUUCACUGCCUACCAGCUGUCGUUGUGGGCCUGCUCCUCAACAUACUGGACGCAUUAUCAUAUGGCAUGAUCUUGUUUCCUCUUGGAAACCCUGUAUUUGCAAAUCUGGGUCCUGCAGGUAUUUCCAUAUUCUACGUCAGCACAAUCAUCUCGCAGCUCGUUUUCUCCGCUGGCAGUAUUUUCAAAGGUGGCAUUGGGUCCGAGUUGAUCGAAGUCGUGCCGUUCUUCCACAGUAUGGCCGGUACGAUUACUUCCAUUGUCGGCGAAGAAAACCCAGACGCCGUCAUUGCAACGACAAUCACGUCAUAUGCACUCAGCUCCAUGCUGACUGGUCUCAUUUUCUGGCUCAUGGGCAAGUUCCGAUUGGGAUACAUCAUCGGCUUCAUCCCUCGCCACAUCCUCAUUGGUUGCAUCGGCGGAGUCGGAUGGUUUCUUAUCCAGACUGGUUUCGAAGUCUCCGCACGCUUGGAAGACUUCCAAUACGAUUUAGACACUCUUCAUAGACUCGGACAGAGCGACACUCUGGCUCUGUGGAUUAUCCCACUUGCACUCGCCAUUCUCCUUUUUGGUCUUCAGCGGAAGAUCACAUCUCAAUAUUUCUUAUCCGUUUAUAUCCUUAUGAUACCCUUUGUUUUCUACUUUUUUGUCCUCACCAUAGACGAGCUUGAGCCAGAAAACUUGAGGGAACAUGGUUGGAUUUUCGAAGCGCCAAACGAAGGAGAGCCUUGGUGGCAUUUCUGGACCUUGUAUAAAUUCAAUCUCGUCCACUGGGGCGCCGUUUUCGAAACCACCGGAGCCAUGUUUGCGCUUACAUUCUUCAGCCUAUUACAUGUGCCCAUUAAUGUGCCGGCCCUGGCACAGAGCACAGGAGAGGAUAACGCAGACUUGAACAAAGAGCUCAAGCUCCACGGUUAUUCCAACUUCCUCUCCGGUUGCGCUGGUAGCAUACAGAAUUACCUGGUAUAUGCCAAUACCUUGUUCUUCAUGCGCUCCGGUGGUAAUAGUCGGCUUGCAGGUGUUAUGCUUGCUGCCCUGACAGCAGUCGUUCUAGUCAUUGGCCCAAAGCUUAUUGGCUUUAUCCCUGUCAUGAUGGUCGGCACGCUGAUCUUUGUACUUGGUUUUGAGUUGUUGUGCGAUGCGCUAGUAGCACCGAGACACAAGCUCAAGGGCCUUGAAUAUCUCACAAUUCUCGCAAUUGUCCUCACCAUGGGUAUCUACGACUUUGUUGCUGGAAUCUUCCUUGGCAUUAUUCUUGCUUUUGCGUCUGUGAUUGUGCAUCAAUCCGGAGUGUCCGCAAUUCGAGCCUGCUACACUGGCGAUCAAGUCGAUUCAAUGGUUCGAAGGAAUCCGUCCCAGCACCAUUACUUGCAAGAAGUUGGUCGGCAAACCUAUAUCAUCAAACUUGUAGGAAAUCUCUUUUUUGGCACAAUUGUCGGUGUGCAAGAAAAGAUCCGUGCCCUAAUUGCGGAUAAUGUUUUUGCGGAACAUCCCAUCAAGUACUUGAUCAUCGACCUGUGGCAAGUCACUGGCAUUGACUAUUCGGCUGCAGAGGGCUUCAUGACAAUCAGUCGAUUGCUCCACAAAAAGGGAGUUAUACUACUCAUCAGUGGCAAGGAUGCCGAAAGCAAGAUUGGUCGAGACCUGCGUGCUGUCGGUCUUGGAAACGACGGGCCGGAAGUCAUGUUUAUGCCUGAUUUGAACUCGGCCCUCGAGAGUUGCGAGAAUGAGCAAUUAAAGACAUUCUAUGCCCACCAAGAGGCACUACGGCGAGUUGAGCGCCCGGCGUCGGCCAAGAAUCUCGAAGUCCCUAGCCCAAGGAAAACAGUCCAGUCUCUCGAACCGGGAGAGUUCUUGUCAGAAUCGCCACGACGAAAUUACCGGCAAGAAGUUGCCAAGAAUGUUUUGGUAGAGCAUGAACUGAAGCGGGCCUCCAGAUGGCGGAAUAUCAACGAGCCUCUUCGACUCAUGCUUCAAAUUUUCCACGACCUCAGCGACAAGAAUGAAGACUUCUGGUUCCGGGCCAAGCCGUAUUUCGCCCAGAAAGAGUAUCCUGCAGGUACCAUCUUGUACAAGAGGGGCGAGCCGGCGAGUGGGUUUUAUCUGCUCGAAAGAGGCGAACUGCGAGCCGAUUAUGAAACACCGCAAGGAAAACUUUCAGAGCCGAUUGUUCAAGGCACAACCUGCGGUGAAUUGCCCUUCUUCUCGCAAACAAACCGCACUGCGACCGUUCAGGCUGUCAGGGACUGUGUCGUGUGGGUCAUGGAUAGAGAGAGCUGGGAAAAGUUGCGCCAAGAGCAGAAUGACGUCUAUCAGGAGCUCUUGAGCAUAUCGCUGAAGCUCACGACAGAGCGGAUGAAUGCCAUGACCAACUAUACUCUAGCAAACGCCAAUUGA